UGAUUAUUUGGGAUUCAACUCCUAUCAGUUUAUCGACCGGAGUUUUGGCGCCAAUUAAAUUUCCGUUUAAUCGGUUUAGUAAUAAUGUAAACCGAAGAACCUGAAAUUCAAUUUAUUUGGUUUAGACUGUCGAUGAGUAAAGUAAUUCGGCUUCAUAAUGUUGAAUAAACUCUGAACAACCAAGUCGUGUUCUAGUUAUAUAUUUUGGUUAAGUUAAACCGAAACCGGUUUGACUAGGGCUACAACCAAAAUUGGGUUUCGAGUAUUUCCUUUUCUUGUGAAGCACUACUCCAUAUAAUCUAUAUAAUACAGAGGGGGAGAGGCCAUCGAGAUCACUUCAGACGCAAAAGAAACUACUCUCACAAAAAAAAAAAAAAAAAAAAAAAAAGGAAAAAGCUCUCCUAUUAUUAUUACUUGCUCUCUCUCUAUCUCUCUCACUGUACGUGAACGAAAACAAGAAUGGUGAAAAGAGUAGGAGGAGGAGGCACUAAGAGAAAGAUCGAUAAGAUGGAAAAGAUCUCGAAGAGAGAGUAUCGCGCGACUACUUUCUCCAAACGCUGUUCCGGACUUCACAGCAAAGCCGCGCAGCUCUGUCUACUCGCCGACGCACAGAUAGCAAUCUUGGCGACUCCUCCUUCUUCGCAGUCCAACGUCUCUUUCUUCUCCUUCGGUCACUCUUCCGUGGAUGCCGUCGUGAAUGCUUAUCUCAUGGGACAGCGUCUUGCUCCUGUUCGGGAAGAGCCGAUGGAAGAGGACAUUGGUGUAUUGAUGGCUCGCAAGGAACUCGGGUUAGAGUUGUGGUGGGAGAAGGAGAGUCUUUGUGAAUCAAAGGAUCCUCGAGAGUUGAUGGACGCUGUCAAGGCCAUGGAGAGGAUGUUGAGUAAACUGCGUUCUGGAGACUUUGUCAGUAAUUAUAAGCAAAGAGAGGAAGACCUAAAGAACAACGAGAUGACGAAGAGGGAUGUCGUGUUACACAAGGAAACUCAAGAACCGGAUGGAACCCUAAAUCUCCAAGCAGUUUGUUGCAUCCCUGAUGACGAUUCACCUGCGGGUUGUAACAAGAUUACUGAAGAGCAAAAGCAGAUCCUGGCCAUUUGUGAUAGUUUUUGUGCUAAGGAGGACAACAACAUAAACGGAUUAAGUGGAAGUUUGGAUAGGUCUGAUCAAGCGAUGGAUCAUCUCAUGAAUAUUGAUGGACUGAUAGAUUUGGAGACGUCUUAUGAAAGCUCAGCAUUCGAUUAUUAGUACUCAAGAGAUUCAUGAGACUGCGGGAAGUCUUUUCAUCAACUUUGAAGCUGCUCGCGAUCUCUAACUCUGAAGGUGUUGAAGACAAAGCUUAGGUGUUUCAUAGCAAACCAUUGCUACCGUUUAAAGUUAAUAGCAUUUCUUAUUUAUGUAUAACACGCGAUCAUUAUGAGUAGGGCUUAGUUUGAUUAAUUAUUACUAGAGAUAUAUGUCUUAUCUAUAUGUAACGUUUGGGUCUAGUUUGACCUCAAUCAAUUUUCGUAGUAUGGGACUCAAACGGGUUCAGCUUUCCUUUGAUUAAUAGUAAAGUAGUCCUUAUCAAGUGAGUACAAAGAGAUUGACUCAUCUUCGCACACGUUAACUGCAUCAUCAUAGUCUCUUGAAAGCAUUCACCUAAGUUAUGGGAGAAUCAGAAGCUAAAGAUAAUGGUGGAAGAAAAGAAGUAAUGGACUUACUGCAAUACAUAUUUACAUCAAAGGGGCAAGGUUGAAUAUGUUUACUGUCAAAGGAUACACACAUUCAGUAAGGGCAUGCGCAGCGGGGGUUCACAGGGGUAGCACAUUUUACGAAAAAAAAUAUAUUAAAAUAAGCAUAACCGAUGACUUUGGCUCGUCCCGCCUCUCCCGCGUGAACCCCUCUUUCCUAAAGUUCAUCACUGUAGCGCGGGCUUCACGUGUCGUGGCGGCCCGCGAUUGGUCUAGUUUUUUUUUUUUUUAAAUCAAAAAAAAAAGAAAAAAAUUUAAUAAUAAAAAAUUGAAAAGAUGAACCCCAAGGGGGGUUAACUGAUGCUCUUGCUCUAAGUGCCAACGUCCAUGGCAAGAUAGCUACCUGUAUAUGUCCCCCAUCAUUGUUAUCGACAAAGUUCCAUGUGGUGAAACUUGAUGUGUUAGCUGAGUUGCAUAGAACACUCACCAAAGAAGCAAAAAGUAGCAUCAUGCCACGGAAAUACUGGCUUAUAUACACUGAAUACUCAUAUGGCAUACCAUACAUGCUCUUAUUAUGCUCCAUUAAAACUGUAUCCCUGGCUCUAUGUACUUAAACUGGAAAUUUGCUACCGGUAUGGACAAACCGGUCUCUUUCCCCACCACAUCAGCAUCAAAGUCAUAAAAUCCAGAGACAAGUGAAGAAAUUAACCCCUGAAGCUCCAUCUUCUUCCCGGAAAACGAACUGUUGUUUCCAAAUGCAUCCAUGGGAAGAACCACGAUGCAUUCAUCACAGCUUCAACCACGAUGCAUUCAACACAGACAGAUGGGUACAUUAACCCUUCAUAAAUGAGAAACAAAGAUGGAAGACGAACCUGUGGAAUGGGAGAUUGAGGCUGCGUUGAGUAAGAAGAGAGUCAACAGUGAAGCGAUUUUGAUCGCCAUGGUAGAGAGAAAUUGUGUCGUUGCAAGUUAUGGGGAAGCAAAGCGCCAACUUCUACUGUGGUUUUUUUGGAAGUUUGAAAUACGUUUCAACUAUUCGAUAUAAUUACUCCGGUUUAAGGCGGGUCGUGGAGGAUUUUUUGUUGUUUCCCGGUUUCGGAAACCGAUUUUUUUUAUUUCUAGCGCUUUUUAAUCAAACCGACAUGCAGUGCACACUCGCGUCCAUA